AUGCUCUUUAGAAGUUCUUACUUCAAUUUCAAGGCACGCAACUGUCAGCGCACCGUGUCGUCUGGGGAACCGAGGGAAAAGACCCCUAUGCUCGAUGAAUCCGAGGGCGAGGAUCUGGCACGGAGACAGCAGCGUUCACAUAAGUUACGAAGGAUUAUAACAUGGGUCCCUCAUCUCAUCCUUAUACUCAUUUAUACGGGACUUUUAAUGACUUGGCCGAUGUUCCGACCCAAUUUCACAGCAUUCCAUGAGGGAAUAGCAGGAAGCCCCGAUGUACUGUGGACAGCCAAAUUUGAAGGGACUUUCUUGGAGAUGGGCGAUUUCUUCAAUGUUUCAGACACUGAAGAGACAAGCCCCGGUGCUGUGGCAGCUUGGGCAACCGUCGAGCAACACAAGUUACAUGAUAUACCCCGUCAGGACGCAAACCUGAUUCGCGUUACAACAGCGCAGGUGGAAAGCCAGUCUGCCGGAGAUGCCAGAGUCUUGUCCAUUGUCCAUCGCCUACACUGCCUAGUAAGUGCUGUGAUUCUAUUUUCCGAUUGA